AUGAACUCGUGUCGGGGAGUCGCUUCCCACCGCGAUUUUGUGGACAUGGGCUCGACCGAGAUCGUCGAUUGCAUGGCUAACCAUAAGGUGUUUUUCAGAUCAGGAAGGGUCAGCAGAAGUAUUGAACAAGAGAAACCACAACCACAAAAAGUUUCACCACAGCUGAUGGAAUUCCCCUGGGUGGUGUGGCCGAGCCUGUGGCAUUCUAUCCGGAACUGGAUAUUUGCCAACCUCUUGAUUCACCGCUAUUUAGAUCAAGAGUUUGAAAUGACAUCUUUUAAAAAAGGAGCUAUUCAGGCUCUGGUGUACGUAUCUCAAGAGCUUUCAAAGGGCAACUUUGAGUCUCUUGAAGGUUUAGUGACAUCACCAUCUUUAGAAGAAAUAAAAAAAAAUUUUGCCCAUUUUUCUUUGAAACAAAGACUGGAUCUGGCUGUUGAGAAGGAAGACAUAUUUUUCUCAUUCCCCUAUCAAAUUGGAAUGAUAUUUACCAAUGAAGGUACUACUCACGAGCGUAUUUUUGUGGAGAUUACCAUGUGCUACCACAUAUUUCGAGGUUUCCAGGAAUAUGUGAACUCCCCCUCAGCUAGUGAAGGUGGUCUAAGGGCAGUCUAUGAUAAUCAUGAGCGCAUAUCCAUUGCUAAUUAUAGGUUUAUUCGAGAGUUUACUAAGGGCGUUGUGGAUGACUGGACCAUAAGUUUAGCAAACCACUUCAAGCCAGGAGAGCACCUUCAGCGUCAGUGAUCGACAAACCUAGCUGAUAAGUGCUUUGUAUUCAGUUUAGUUUGCUAAUUAAAAGUUUAUGAAGAAGUUA